AUGGAUUAUUUCUCCACGAGAUUCAGGUAUUCCGACAGGAAGAAAAGGGUGCUGAAACUUAACAUGGUGAUCAAGGUUUCUCACAUUAAGCUCUCCGAAAUGCAAAAGAGAAAAUCAAAUGUCUCUCUAAGGGAGUAUGUGUGUACGAUGAAUACACUUAUUGGUGCACGCAUGGAGACUGAGAUGCAAGCGCAAACUGAACCCAAGAGAUUACUCUCGCCAUCACGAUCAAGACUUUCAGAAUCCACGACUAGUCAAUCCGGAAUCUCGUCCCCUAAAUCCCUUUUCAGGAUAUCACCAUCCAUUGCUUCGUCUUCCAUAACCUCGUCUUCCAGGAUCUCGCCUUCCAUAACCUCGUCGUCUAUAACAUCGCCAUGCAGGAUCUCCCCACCCAUAACUACGUCUUACAGCAUCUCGUCUUCCAUAACCUCGCCGUCCAAGAUGUCGUCUUCUGAAACCCUGCAAUCCACGAUCCAUCAGUCAAUAUCCUCUCCGCCCAGGAUACAACCGUGCACAUCGUCGCAGCCCAGGAUGCAACAAAAUAUAUCCUCGCCGUUUAGGAUAUCACCACCCAUAUCCUCGCCGCCCAGGAUGCAACCAUCCAAAUCAACGCCACCCAGGAUGCAACCAUCCAUAUCCUCACCGCAUAGGACGCCAACACCCAUAUCCUCGCCGUCCAGUAUGGAAUUUUCAAUAAGCUCGCCACCCAGGAUGCCACCACCCAUAUCCUCGCCGCCCAGGAUGCAACCAUACAUAUCCUCAUCGCCCAGGAAGCAAGUAUCCAUUUUGUCGCCCCCAAGGAUGCAAUCAUCCAUAACCUCGCAGCCCAGCAUUCAUAAAUCUAAAACCUCGCUGCUCAGGAUCUAG